GCAGAGCAUGCUGGGCGAUCUCCAGCUCAGAGAAGAUCAGCUCGAGAGACGUGAAGUGAGAGAAAGUUCCAGCUAUCCUUGUGUUUUCUCACAAGUUAGGCUUCAUUGUGUUAGCCAAGGCCAGUGUGCGUCCUUGUUGAUAUACCACAGUCACACACUGGUUGAAGCAAGUUGCCAGACCACUAAGUGCCCUAACCAUACUACAUACUGUCAUACUGCUGUAGUAUUGAUCUGUCUGUCAUCUGUGCCCUUACCAGCACACGGGAGCGAACACAUAAGGUAAGACCUAACCUAAAGAAUAUACAGUCCACCAAGUCCUCACUAACAUUGUGUUCUGUUCGAGCCGGAUAAAGGUGUUUACUCCAGGAUCAAGAUGCAGCGAGUUACCGGUGAAGCCUGGACCUGGUCUGAUCAUCCAAGGCACCAAUCCUCACCUUAUCCAAGUUAUAUGAGCACAGGACAGUAUGUACAUGGACAAGAUCACCUUCAGCCUCGCAUGGAGGGAGCUGCCAAGAUGACACCCCUCACUCCACCCAGUCCCUUCCUCUCCAGCCAGGCCAGAAGGGACACAACUCCAGAUGAGUGGGAGACUUUCAGAGAGUACAGGGCCAUCCUAAACCCUCAUCUGACCCACGAGAGCAGAAGGAUGAGCCACAGUAAGCAGAGUAAGGAGCAACAUACAGGUCUGUCCAUGCUCUACAACAGUCCCUGUGAACACAGGAAGCUACCUGCACAGCACGAGCUAGUGAGAAAGUACAUUGAGCAAGAUAGAGGCCAGCUGUGGCAGUCCCAGCGAGCUAUGCAGGUCAGGCCCACUAAGCUACGUGAGAAACAAGAAGAGAUGGUACAGGUAGCCGAGACCCUCCUCUCCUCUCUGUGCUGCCACAGCUCACAUCCCAGUCUAUAGCUAGUCUCUCCCACUAAGCCAGCCCCUACAGAGCCCUCAUGCCGAGGUAUCCUUCCAGCAGAUAAAGUUCAGCUGACACCCCUACGGCCCGUGUCAGAGCUGGUUGAACAUACAAGGCCAUCACUCAACGAAGAAGAUACGGCUUGUGAUGGACAGUAUGACAACAGUGAGUGGCCACAGCCCAGGGAUCCUCAGCUCGUCUCAGUAUCUCUCCGACCAGCUGCAGCCCAGGGGCCACCACCUGGCUUUAGACUGAGAGUCAUCCCUGUUUCAGUUAGGGGGGCUUCGCUAGAAGCCAACGACAAGCCCCCACCUGCUCCUGAUGAGGAGCCCAGUUAAUCUCCAGCAACAUGCCCUCCACUUGGCCCUGGCUUCCAGACACUGGCUCCGUUGGGGAGCCCCCACCUGGUCUUGAGUGGGAGCCCACCACUGCUUCCUCCACAGGGGCCGCUUUAGCCGCCGCCCUGAGGUCCCAUCCAUUCCUUGCCAGCAAGGUUUUCUCUGUUUCUAUAGGGGAGCCUCCGCCUGCUCCUCAUCGGAGACCUUCAGCGACGCCUCCUGAGAGGCCAGAGCUCGACCCUGACUUCUGGGACUUUCAGUCAUCUCACCUGCAACCUGUUAGUCCCUGCCUGUGAGAUCCACCCUGGCUCAGUCGGGGAGCCCCAACCUGACAGUUGUUGAGAACCCUUUGCAGCUCUAGCCCAGGGUCCAUAGCCACACCCUUCUUGGGGAGCUCUGCUGCCUUCUCUGGAGAACAUGUCUGUCCCUGCUAUGAGACCUCGGCUCAGCCCGAUUAUCAGCUCAGAUCUGGCUCCUGACCCUAAGACUCAGUUUCCCUUGGUCUGGAGGUCGCUGCCUGAUCCGGUUGGGGAGUCUCCGUCAGAGCCUGAGCCCUUUAGGCUGUCCGCUGUAGAGCUACUACCUGGCCCUGCUCUAGGGAUCAAGCCAGCUCCUGCCAAUGGAGCCCAGAGCACUCUCCCCUUUGAGUCUCAGACUGUGUCAGCCCUAGAGACUGUUUCCUCUGACAAGUCUGCCCCUAGUACAGAUUCAAUGCUGGUAGCCCCAACAGCCUCUGUGUCAGUUGUUGGAGACCAGUUGGACCAUGUAGUAGGACCUGUCUGCCAGCCUUUACUUGCCAGUGUCCUUCCCUUGGUUAUUAGUCAGGCCAUGUUGCCAGGCCUUUAGGUGCCCCUGUCACCAGACAUGCAGGUGUCCCUGGUGCCCUACUAGGUAAGCAGUCAGGUGUUCCCCCUAGUUUCCUGCCAGCUGACACCCUAGUAGUUUGGACUGUAACUGACAGCAGCUCCUACACCACUAGAGCAGAGAACCCUUUCUGUCAUUUAAGCCCUGGACUAGAGUUUAUUUGUUUCUAGUGGUUAUGCCUAGCCAGGCCCUCUGUUGAUGGGAUGGCUAGACACCCCUAGACAUCUGGUAUUAUGUCUGCUAUGUUUGGGUAAUUGUUAAGAUAGUCCUAUAAUUUUUAUGUAGAAGGACUGACGAGCUCAGUUCAGGUGACUUUUUAAGAGGACAUUCUACUCCGAAAUGAAAUAAGUAUGCUGACACCAUCUAAAAUAGAAUUUCCACCUCCAGAAAUGAACCCAAUAACACAUUGGUUAAAUUAUUUGUAAAAAAUAUCUUAACCUAUUGGCAAUGCAUGGUCCAUAAUAUCAGGUAUGCUAUUAGCAAUAAACAUGAUCACCUUUAGCCCAACUGAUGCAGCAAAGUGCAAAUAAAUUGACAACCCCAUGCUUCAUCUCUAUUUACCCUAUUGGGCAUUUAAAAAAACAUGUAUUUAACCUUUAUUUAACUAGACAAGUCAAUUAAGAACAAAUUAUUUUUUACAAAUGACGGCCUACCCGGCCAAACCCAGACGACGCUGGGCCAAUUGUGCACCGUCCUACGGGACUCCCAUUCACAGCCAGAUGUAAUAAAGCCUGGAUUCAAACCAGGGACUGUAAUAACGGCUCUUGCAUUAAGAUUCAGAGCCUUAGACCGCUGUGCCACUCUUGAGCCUCAACUCAAAAUCAUUAGCCAGAUCUCAAAUGUGAUCUUUUAACUAGUUAUCAUAUUGAUGAAUUUUAUGACCCAAAAAACCUGCAUAAACACAAUGUAAUGUAGGCCUAGCUGUUAGGGUAACUCAGGGUAACUCGCCACCUGGGGUAAAAAGUCCCCUGCCUGUACUUCUCACAGAAACCACUUCAUGUAACAAUUUUCCCCCCAACACUUUCCCUGGUUUCUAAUACUCUUGCUCAACAGAAAAUAUCUGUCUCAUCACAAUUUAAGUCAUUCCAAAGAAAUUAUUUUAAGGUAGAGAGGCAUUGUACCCCAAGUCACCCUACGAUUGACCAGUGUUCUAUUUAGCCCCACUCUCCCCUCGUGCUUAACCAUUCUUCUGCUAAAAACCCUGGGUUUAAAAAGGCUCAGUUCACUCAUAUUUAGAAGUUGAUAAAUAAAUAAAGCAGGAAUAGAAAGCUGGGAUUCCUCUCCUUUUAACAAAAGCCAUUACAACGGCUGUUUUUGCAAUUGCAAGAAUUGUUGUGCAUUGACUGCUUGUCAGAAUGCAUGUUUGCCUCCCCGUGGCACUUAUAACAUGACUGUUCCAAUAGAGGAAUAUUUAUCUAGCAUAGAACACAACAACAAGCCGACUAGGUAAAUGGAUAAACUAUUAUACCAUGGGAUUGUUUGAUUUUUCUAUUAAUUACUUUUUUUUUUUUUGCAGAGGAAAAGUACAUGUGGAAUGUUCUAGCAUCUUCAAUGCGCCUCAGCAGAAAUAUUUUUUCAUGUUCCAUAUUGUUUUGGUUGCGUAGUGGCAAUGAUUUUGCCGUGGCGCAACCCCACAGCAAAUUGAGUACAGUGGAAACAUUGGUCUGGUACAUAUAGGUACAUAGAGUAGAUUGUGUGAAUGUGACCUGUUGCUUGCUGGGCUACAACCUAGUCUCAGAUAACUUCAUAUUAUUCUGUAUGUACAUCUGAACACCCCAUUUAGUAUAGACCCUUUUGCCAUACGCGACACACUGACAGAUGUGCGUGACUCUUGACUGCAAUAAGAAAGCCAUUGCCAUCUGUGGCCAUUUAUCAUAGCCUAGAUUUAUGUUUUUAUUUCUUCUAAACAAAACAACUUUUUGGGGUUCUCAUACUCUUACAAUGUUUUGAUUCUUGCUUGAACAGUCGCUAAGAUUAUAUUUGGUUGUGGUCUUUGCAAAAUAACUAUUUUGGAUACAACAGUUGUUAGCUAGAAUUCUAACACUCGAAAUAGCCUGGCUAGCUUUUGCUACAAAGAGACAUUUUACUGGUUGAAGUUUAAGUGUUUUUUUUCAAAAGUAUAAUGCAGUUGAUUUGCAAUGAUGACAAACAUGUUAAGACAUUUAUACAAGCCUUUAAAAUCCAAUUAUAAACCAAAAGUAGUGUGAAAUGCACUUAUAAGCAACAUGUAAAUAGACGCCACCAACUUGAACACAAAGCUCUUGUGCGACAAUGUUUGCAAACAUAGAAAGGGUCUAUAUGGCACUGAGUAUCCCGGAUUUACAUUUACUAUGUUAUGGCUAGUCUAUGAGACCUGGCUGGUCAUGUGUGUAAAAAUAGCUGCACUAUUGUACUGCACUGUUCCAAUAUGGGACCAGGGCAUUCGUUCAGCUUACAUGUCAUCAGAUUUGUACAGGGACUGCAUCACUACAAGGGAUACAGCCAGCCAGGGGUGAAGAGUUGAUGACUGUCAACUCAACUCUAAUUAGGGCUACUUCAGGCACGAAGCGAAAUAACUUCACAACUGCAAGAGGAAUCGUAAAUAUGUGGACACGUUUCCUUUAAGAUUCCCCCUCCCGGGUUGACAAUUGUAGCGGGUGUGACGUUUUCUACAUCUCGUCCGCUAAGGAAAAUAUGCUGUUCUACGCCUUCUAAUCCGGAGAAUUUCAACCUGGUAAUGAAAUUGUAACCAAAGAGGACAGCUAUGAAUUCAUAAACUCAAUGGAAGUGUUCCCGUCAUUUCAACAUCCACCCAAAAAGAACAACAGGACGUCUCGACAGGAACGUCUGGGUUUUGACAGCUUUCGACCGAAGUAGCAAGUUAUCAUUGCCCUGACUCUGAACCGCGAGGCAGUUUGUGGACCAACAGCAAGCCUACCCAUCUCGCCCUUUCCUGGCCAGGGCUAAUCGCCACACAGUGACAGGACUGUCUGUGUCGACUGCUGCCCAGAUGCCCGGUGGAGGAUGCCUUCGCAACAGCUAGACAUGGAGGUGAUGACCCCCCUCAUCGAGAACCCUGGAGGAGUAGGGCAGGAGGAGGACAACUCUGAAGAAGACCAGGAUCCAGAGCUGCUGCCUGUCAGACACUAUGAGCUGGGAAACAGCCACCAGGGCAUCACGUUUACUCAGGCUCUCAUCCACCUGCUGAAGGGGAACAUUGGAACUGGGUUGCUGGGUCUUCCCCUGGCAGUACGCAACGCAGGGGUCAUAGUGGGGCCUCUUUGCCUGGUGCUGAUGGGUGUGGUUUGUGUUCACUGUAUGCACAUCCUGGUUAACUGUAGCCAUCACCUGUGUGAGAGGUUGAAGAGACCUCCCCUAGGGUACAGUGACACAGUGGCCUUCUCCAUGGAGCACAGCUCCUACCAGUGCUUCAGGAAGAGUGCCAGAUUUGGGAGGCACCUGGUCAACUUCUUCCUGGUGUUGACACAGCUGGGAUUCUGCAGUGCAUACUUUGUGUUCCUGGCAGAGAAUAUAAAACAGGUUGUUGAGGGAUACCAAGGUGUAAACAUCACCCUGGCAGCUGAAUCCCUGUCAUUUGCCAACACCUCCAUGGUGCCAGCCCCGGUCCCUCUACCCACCAUGGUGCCCUCUGAGCCCUGGGCACUGGACCUGCGUCUUUACAUGCUCUUCUUCCUGCCCUUCCUCAUCCUGCUGGUGUUCAUGAAGGACCUGAAGAACAUGGCCGUCCUGUCGUUGCUGGCCAACGUCUGCAUGGCCGUCAGCGUCAUCAUCAUCUUCCAGUACAUCACGACGGAUUUUGGGGACCUUCAUCGUCUCCCUCUCACUUCCCCCUUGGGCAAGUUCCCCUUCUUCUUCGGAACAGCCAUCUUUGCCUUCGAAGGCAUCGGAGUGGUUCUUCCUCUAGAGAACCAGAUGAAGGAACCGAAGCGGUUCCCCACAGCUCUGAACAUCGGGAUGGGUAUCACCAUCGUCCUCUACGUUGUCUUGGCAACGCUGGGCUACCUCCACUUUGGUGACGACAUCAAAGGAAGCAUAACCCUUAACCUUCCUCACAAUGCUUGGACCAAUCAGAUGGUGAAGAUCCUGUACUCCUUCGGCGUGUUUGUCAGCUUUGCCAUCCAGUUCUUCGUCCCGGCAGAGAUCAUGAUUCCCCCGGUCCAAGCGAGGCUAAGGAAGAGCUGGAGGGCACCCUGUGAGAUGAUCCUCAGAGGCCUGCUCGUCUGCCUGACCUUCUCCUUUGCUGUGCUGAUCCCUCGUCUGGACCUGGUCAUCUCCCUGGUGGGUGCUGUGUCCAGCAGUGCCCUGGCCCUGGUCUUCCCUCCCCUGGUGGAGCUCAUCACCUUCUCAGACCGACCGCUGAAGCCAGCCAUGUUGGUCAAGGACCUUGUCAUCGCUGUGGUGGGCUUCAUAGGGUUCCUGGCUGGGACCUAUGUCACCCUGGCCGAGAUCGUCUCCCCAGAGGAGCCUCCGGAGGUCAUCAGGGAGGCAGCUCAGAACCUGACUGUUGCUGCUGCUACUGCUGUGGCUGGGGCCUUGGGGAUGUCUGAGGAGCUAGGUGGGAACUGGACCACACCUACUGCUGCUGUGACCUUGGGAUGACCUUAAAAUGACAUGUAGUCAUAGCUCCUAGAGCAGCAGGAGAUUAAAUGACGAGCAGACAAUUGUGUUCACUUACAGAUUGUUUUUCAUAUGGUUGCUGGAUCCUUGUUUUGUCAAAUCUAUAGAAAAUGAAAUGGACAGCAUAGUCCCUGACGACGAUCUGCUAGGAAUGCUCGAGUGUCCUUCCGCACAGUGUAGUCAUUGGAACAUGAAAAAGUAGAACCAAACACACAUCAUAGAAACAUAGGAAAGACACUGUACUGUACACAGCCCUAACCACAUAGAACCCUUUCAUAUGGAUGUAAUGGACUGCGCAGACAUAAGAACAACAUUUGUGGCACACACACAAGCGUAAACAUCCCCAGCUAGCUUAUCCCACUCAUCACCAGUUCAGCACGUUGCCCCGCAGUGAUCAGAGUUCUCUCUCCAUCUCCAGCUGAGCAGUGUGACAUUUCCACUGCCUCAUCUCUAUCAGAGGGGAACAUCUCAUCAAAUACGAAAUCAUGAAUGUAUGAUGUAGCAGGGAAACAAGAGUCCUUCUAUAUGCAGGUCCCACAGAACAUAAUCUGAAACCAGAUUCUCCUUGUAUUGUUGGUGAUUCGGCAACCUCUGAUAUGGUUUUUCAACCCUAGGGGAGUGGGGCCUGUAGCCGCUAUCAAUUCUUAUGAUAAAUGUUCCCUCCAAGCUGCUCGACUCCCUUCGGGCUGCCGCGCAGAUGAAAUAUCAGCCCACGCAGAGAAGCACGAGAGUGAACUUCACUCAACUUUCUACAGUUUUCCUCUUUAGUUAACAACAUCAACGUUUCACACUACUGUGGGAAUUCUGCUCGAAUCAACGCAAUAUUAGCCACUUUCAAUAUAACAUACCGAAACAAAACGAGCUAUGCAAGAUUUAGUAUGCAAAACUAACUGCAAGAGAUUUUCUUUUAGGCAGAGCGCAUUGGAAUAGGAUUCUAUAGAAUUGACAUGAAUAACUCAGGCCCAUACGCUACACAGACCGGUGCACCAUAACCAAUCAGAGCUGCAGAAGGCCUAUAUGCAAAUAGCCAUUGCCAUAUAUGGAUCUGUGCCAUUCAGUUUGAACUGGACAGCAUGAGCGGUAUUGAGUAGAUGGUUUUUGUUUUGAGAUCAAAGCGAGAACUGCAUGUAGCCACCUUUGCACAUUUGUUCAUAUUCUUUGCUAGUUAGUGAGUUAUUAGCACAUUUUUAGUCAACAAUCAGGGAGUGGUUGCUUCCUACAUGAACACAAAAUGCAUUUCUAGUCAUCUUUGAAAAGCAAGUCAAGUAAAGAGCUUUUUUUUUGUCUUAAAGGGGAAGUGUUGUAUUUUGAGACAGUUUUGAAUACGCUAAAUAACCAGUAGGCAGAGCUUAGCAUAAUGUGUCUGAUUCUCUGUAAUAGUGGUAUGGGAAUAAUAAUCAAUUGUAUUUUGUAAAGUGGUUUCUUGCAUCAAACAACACAACC